GUGCAUAACAGUUGACAUGUAAGCAUCUUUUAUGGCUCAUAAGAACUUGACAUGUAAGCAUCUUUCACAAGCCAUGAAAAAGUCAAAAUUACCAGGUUGAUCAACAAAUGGGAUUUAUGUUAUUUAAUGACCGCCCAAACCAAAAGUUCCCAACGUAUGCAUGCAUAAUUGCAUAUCCUUUUGCAUAUAAAUAUGGUACAGAGAUUACAAAAACUGAGUGUCAAAAUAAGCUGUUUGAAUCAACUGUCUACACAUCUCAAUUUUUACAUCGGCUUUUAACAAGAGGAAAGUGAAAAAUCGCAACAGAUCAAGGAUCAAAGCUUGAUCGUACCCUUUGGAAGAUGGUGCAGUUUUUCGCGCUGUUCAACACGCUGUCCAGUAGACAAGGAAAAAGUAAUAAACCAUCAUGUGUUGUAAGCAAAACUGCUCAUGACUUGGCCAAGGAAGCAAAAAAGAAGCAACUUUUGCUAACUUCUUGUGGCGUUAUUCGCGCUCAAAAGUCAGAAAAUUACACCGUGGCUUAUUCCAAAGGAGGGAAAAAAGGGAUUAAUCAGGAUCGCUUCAUUGUGUGGGAGGAAUUCGGGUUUCAAAAGGACAUGGUAUUUUGUGGCGUUUUUGACGGGCACGGGCCUUGGGGACAUCUCGUGUCCAAAUACGUUCGUCAGUUGAUGCCAUCCUUGUUGCUUUCCAGCUGGCAAGAAACUGCUGCAAUAAAUGCUCACAAUCCAUAUCACUGCCAAAAUGACCAUACUCAGUUUGAUCUGUGGAAACAAUCUUAUUACAAGACUUGUGCUGCUGUUGAUCGAGAACUCGAGCACCAUCCUCGGCUAGACUCGUUUUACAGUGGCACUACCGCUUUGGCACUCGUUAGACAGGGAAACUUGAUGAUGGUUGCUAAUGUCGGUGACUCACGGGCCGUGUUAGCAACUACUUCAGACGAUGGGAAUUUAGUAUCGACUAAACUCACAACCGACCUCAAACCAAAUCUACCAUGUGAACAUAAACGGAUUGCACAAUCGAGAGGGAGAAUAUAUUCUUGCCCGGACGAACCCGGAGUACAGAGAGUAUGGAUGCCAAGUAGUGGGCAGAGUGUGAAAGGCCCUGGUUUGGCUGUUUCAAGGGCCUUUGGUGAUUACUUCAUCAAAGGCUUUGGACUUAUCUCUGAGCCUGAAAUAACACUAAGAUACAUAACCAGCAGGGACCAGUUUGUAAUAUUGGCAACGGACGGGGUGUGGGAUGUUAUUACUAAUGAAGAAGCAGUUGAGAUUGUUUAUUCGACACCAGAAAGGUCAGAGUCGGCUAAGAGGCUGGUCGAGCGUGCGGUUAGUGCAUGGAAACAAAAAGGAAAGGCUAAUGUAAUGGACGACAUUUCGGUUAUUUGUCAGGAUAUGAACAAACGUAGGAAUGUGAAUAUGUUUAAAAAAGAAACAAGACACCGAUAUUGUCGAUCUGCUGUGCAGAUCAACAAAAAGAAUAGUUCUAUGGAAUUUUUAUUAAGAGAUUGUGUAGUGAGAGUGUUCCCGACACGCAAUCGCGCGCCAGGUCCCGUUGCGAGAGUGACACCCGAAUCAGCCGACCCGUUCGGCACGACGAAUCAUCUUUGGCACGAUGAGAAUGCGACUUGGACGCACAUGCUCAUGUCGAAAAGGUGUCUUUUGACGCAUAAACCCCUGAAGGACCUACUGGUGGGGACUCCAAUAAUGUACUCAAGCAACAUGCACAAGCUGCAAAGAGUAAAAAUGGAAGAGGUUGCAGGAUAUGAGGUACAACGAGUGUUUAUUGAUGCGGGGAGCUCAUUAGACGUUCUGUUUUAUGAUUGUUUUAAGAAAAUAGAGUUCGAGGUCGAUUUGAAGAAGGUCAACACGACAUUGUAUGGAUUCAACGGGGGAGAGGUUAUCCCAUGGGCGAAAUGUAGCAGCAAUACGAGCAAAGAGGUCGACAAGUCAAAACCAGAAAAUGAGAGGGGCUAUAUGCAUCCUAAUGAAAAGAUGGUGGAGGUGAAACCGAUUGAAGGAAUUUGUUUUCUGAAAGAUCCUGGAUUUCGUACUUUGGUGGGUCUCCGAGAUCCUUUCGUCAUGAUGAACGAGCUGACUGGAAUAGAAGCUACCAUUAUUGAGCAUAGGUUGAAUAUUGAUCCAAAGGUCGAUCAGAUGAGGAAAUGGUGUCAGGUGAAGGUCGAUCCGAUGAGAAAAUGGUGCAGAUGGUACGCCUCCGCCGAUGACGACACAGGAGUCCAACGUGAAUCUCAAGGAUUCAUCUUUCGGCUAUUUUCAUUAUGCUAUCAGACAAACGAUGCACAACUUAGUACAAUGGUUGCUGAAAUAGGUAAUUACGGGUCAUUGGUCGACGGAGUACAAGAGAGAGAGCGAAAGCGGAAGCAAGCGGAGGUCGAGGUGAGGCGGGAGCUGGAGGAUAGAGAGAGGAGGGAGAGGGAGAGAGAUGAUGGAGAGAAGCAUGAGAUGGGUUGUGAUAGGGAUUGGGAAUUAAAUUUUUGCCGUGAGGGAGACCCAGCGGAGCGGCGAACUGGAGACAGAGAGAGGGACACAUUUUGUUCUUGCAAAUGCCUCGAGACCCCAGGCGACAUUGUUGUGUAUAACAUUGAUUGGAUUGUAGAAAACCCACUGCUAUGA